GUCACUUGGUGAGAGUAAUGAAAGCUGCAUGCGUCUCCCAUGUCCGGCGUCCCGUUGUGUGCCCGCGCUGUGGUUCACAGAAAAGAGAGAAACGAAUAAACGACCUCGAUGGUGGAAAUGACGGUCCUCAGCUCUUAGCCUCGAGCUCCCCCAGCUCUUGAUUCCUGAACUGUACCCUCGCAGCUUCUGAUGAGGCGAGUUCGAUUUGAGCAGCACACUAGACAUUGGCCUAGUUCCACUUGGAAUUGCCAAACUACCCGUCAAAUCGAUGACGUACAGCUCCAGGAUUGAUGGAGCCCAUUCCUGAAUGCGACUUGAAUGUGAAAGGCUCUUGUGUCUGAGGGAUGGAGGGGUCCCCACUUCGAAGGACCGGAACUCUAUGCGCAAUUGCGUAGGUCGGAUGGAGUCUCGCAGGAUUGGACACCGGUGGAGAGUUCAAACUUCCACUCUGAAGUUGACAGGAUACCGAGAAACAUCUCUUGGACUAUGUUGACGUUUCCCAUCAGUGUUGGGAGCCUUUUGAAAUGGAGAUAUCUUCGCAGACUGGAGAGCUGGUCGUUUGGGGCAUUCUGGAUUUGAGGGCAUCAAGCUGACGACGAGGGCUUCGCUGGUCCCCAAUCCCACACACAUUCAGAGGAAUUCUCACUGGUCGCUGACUUCGAACAACCACAGCCGAGAGAUUGGGCAAAAUGGAGAAGAGCAGCAGCAGCGGAGCGAGGAACGGGGUGGUGACGUUUCUGAAAGAGAAGGGACUGGAGGAGAACAUCAUCACUCACAUGCUGAGCAAAUGCGUGCGCCUGACAUCCGUGAAUUUGACCGAGAGAGUGAGACCGAACUGGGCCUUUCUGGAGACGGAGGUGCUGAUCCCGUCCAGAAAAAUUCCCACCGUGGUCCACCGGUGCCCGCAGCUGCUCGUGUUGGGUGUGCACGAGAAGCUCUUGCCCAUGGUGAUGUCUCUCCGGGGCCUGGGCUUCGACGCGAAAGAGCUCUCCACUGUCAUAUCUCAAUUUCCCCAUCUGCUCACCCACAGCGUGGACGAGAAGCUGUGUCCACUGCUGGCUUUUCUGCAAGGGAUUGGUGUGAAGGAGAAGAAUCUCGCCAAGGUCAUACUUCGCUGCCCCCGGCUUCUGAGCUACAGCAUCGAGAGGAAAUUGGCUCCCACCGUCGCGUAUCUCACAGGCCUGGGCGUCAAUAAGCAGGAGAUGGGCAGGAUUGUUACCCAGUGUCCUAAUAUCAUGGGUUACAGCAUCGACAGCAGGCUUCGACCCACCGUCGAGUAUCUGCAGGGUGUGGGUCUGAACGAGGAGCAACUGAAGAACGUGACCAUACUUUUCCCCCACAUUCUCUGUAGGGAGGCCGAGAGGGCACUUCGACCCACCGAGUUGUACCUGCGCAGCUUGGGAUUCACCUCGCAGCAGGUGGUGACUCUGGUGGCGGGGUUUGCUCCAAUUCUGACCAAGAGCGUGCACAACUCGCUGCAACCCAAGAUCAAUUUCGUCACCAACGUGAUGGGCCUCCCGAAGGAUCAUGUGGUUUUGUACCCGCAGUUCUUCGGAUACAGUCUGCACCGAACCAUCGAAGGCAGAUACAAGGAGAUGAAGAAGCAAGGGCACACCCUCACGUUGUCUGAGAUGCUCAGCUGCAACAAGAAGAAAUUUGCGAUGAAGAUGGACGGGCACUAUCAGUUCGAUGAUACGGAGGCUGCAGAGUAGCUGGAGCUCCUCGUUCGGUAUGAUGUAUUUAGCUCCACAAGGAAGUAGAUCCGUUUAGCAUUCAUUUGGGGUAUAUCCCCUUGUACAUUCUAGCGAACUCGGCUGUACGAGUAUGAAUAGGGACUUAGUUGUGAUUCGAUUCAAGUCAGUGAAGUAACUCUUUACGCUUAUUAGCGACUGAUAAUUCCUGUAGCGGUAGAUGUGCUGUCUGUAGAAGAGAACUCUCCACAGGUAGCAAUCCAUCACAUCACAAAGAAGUGUGGUCGGCUCGGCUCUAGUUGCUUGUAAGGACAUAAUAUUCGCAAUCAGGCAUUUGCAACCAGGUGGAGACGGAGGCUUCGGCAAACGCCCUGCUUUGUUUUAUAAGUUAGUGUGAGCUUGAGCGUGAUCCUGCUCUGUUACAGUACUUCACACGGAAAUUCUUUUAGCUCACUUGAAAGUGACACGCAUUUCAAACCUCUUUCUGAAGUUACAUAAAACCGUCUAUUUG